AUACGCUUCAUGUUGAUGGAUGUCAGAGGGGGUGCAACUGGUUGGUGCACUGACAGGGAAGAUUACCUGAUGAUCCGAGAUGGCACAAGCUCUGGCAGGCACCUUGGAAUCUUCUGCAGUCCAUUCUCUGAUUCUAGAAAGCCAUCGCCCAUUGUAUCAAUCACUAAUAAGGCGUUUGUCAUGUUCCACAGCAACGAAAGAGACACAGGAAAGGGCUUUCUGAUCAGCUUCAUGGCAGUCGAAGCCUUGGAUUCUUCUGAUUAUGUUGCUGACCAGUUGACUUUUAAACCGUCUGGCCAGCGUAUACACAUGAUGACAACUUCGACUAUAGACCAACAGACGAGUGAGAGCACAGGGUCAGCAAUGUCUUCCAAUGAAGGCUCUACGUUUCUGCCAGCGCAAAAAGGUGAUGAUUUAACAACCAUUGACUUGCCAUUUGAAUCCAUUGCAUUUGGAAAUCCCAGCCGGGGACCUGUCCUUUAUGUUACGCAAGAGGGCUCGACAGUUGUUACUAAAACAUUCGCUCCUCCAAUUGCCACUGAAGCAAGACAGCAAACGGUUAGGGACAUACCAUCACCGAACCCCACCGUAGAAAAGCAAAGCAAUGGUUUCAGUCAGCCAGUUUCCUUAGAGUCACAUCUGGAAACCCCUCAGGGGCAGUCGCAUUCUGAAUCCCAGGCAACAGAACAUAGUACUGAAUUGCCAAGCUUUACUCCAAGAGAUUCAUCUACUUUGCCGAGUUUUUAUCCAGACGAUGCAUCCACUUCUGAGUUACAAACAACGUGGGAGCUAUUUGUUACCACCGAAGAACCAUCAAAACCCAACUCCAGCAAAACUGAACAGCAAUCAUUUGUAACCCAACCUCCUUCACGAACCCCUCUCAGGACGACACAAACAAGCAGUACUAGUGGAGAAAGUACUCAGACAAGCACACCUUGGGAUUUCAACUUUAAUCUUGACAACCCUUCUGGGGAACUGCAGUCGCCAAAUUAUCCGGAUGCCUACCCGAUGGGUGUCGUCUCCCGCUGGAACAUUACUGUCAGCCCCCGCGGUACCAUUGUACUCAAUUUCACUCAUUUUGACUUGGACUCCGCCCAACCUGAGGAUAGUCCAUGCGAUGAAAAAUACGCUUACGUCAAAGUUGAGGAUGGAAGUGGUCAGGGCAUUAAACAUAUGUUUUGUGGCCACAAAAUCCCUCCAUUGGUAAGUUCCUCUUCAAAUACAUUGAUCAUAACAUUUGUCAGUGGCUAUGGAUAUGGUAGAGGAUUCCAAGCACAUUACAUCAUGCAAAAACAGAAGGUUCUUGCUUGUGGCGGUAGCUUUCAUCAACCCAGCGGCAGGAUUCAAACGCCCAACGUACCUGAUGACUUCGAGAGUGUAAUCAGCUGCCAGUGGAAUAUAUCAGUAGACACUGGACGAUUCAUUGUCUUAAAUUUUACUACUUUUGACGUGGACUCGAUACCAAUGGACAACUGGUGCAGCGAGGAAUAUGAUCAUGUGAAAAUAGAGGAUGGGUUCGGAGGGAACAGUUACACUUACUGUGGUCAGGAACUACCGCCAAUGUUUGUCUCUUCCAGCAAUACAAUAAGCAUCACCUUUGUCAGGAAGUUGGGCUACAGUGCAGGUUUCGGUGCACUUUAUAGGGUUUCUGAGGAUGGGUUGUCACAGAGUACUUCCACUGAUGUCCUUAUGCAACCCUCAACAAGAAAACCACUGCAUCAAUGUGGAGGAAACCUAAGCGACCCCAGGGGUGUUAUUCAGUCACCUCUGCUUUCUGAAGAUGUUGCGAUGGAUAUUAAAUGCCAGUGGAAAAUCACGGCACCUGUCGACCAAAUUAUCCAUCUCACUUUCACUGAUUUUAUCAUGGACUCUUCUUUUGAAGAUGGCCAAUGUGAUGAGAGAUAUUCUCAUGUUGAAGUUGAUAGUAGAAGUAACACUGGUAUUGGUCAGAAACAAGUUUUUUGUGGAACUGAAAUACCUCCAUUAGUGGUCACCUCUUCCAAUACACUAACUGUGACAUUUAUCAGUGCCUACGGAUAUGGAGUUAGAUUUCGUGCAGAGUAUGUUAUGGAGAAAGUUGAAGACCUUGCUGCAAUACCUGAUAUGUCGACAUCUGAACCAUUAUGUGGGGGUAGUUUCCAUCAACCCAGUGGCAGGAUUGACUUGCCUAACUUACCUGAUGACUCUGAGAUUGGUGUCAGCUGCUAUUGGAAUAUCACAGUAGAUGUAGGUCAAGUUAUCAUCGUCAAUUUUACUGCAUUUGAUUUGGAUUCUGUACCGAUAGAUGAAAGGUGCAUUGAGGAAUAUGAUCACUUGAAAAUACAGGAUGGAUUUGGAGGAAACAGUUACACUUACUGUGGUCAGGAACUACCACCAGUGUUUGUCUCUUCAAGCAAUACAAUUGGCAUCACCUUUGUCAGGAAGUUAGGCUUCAGUGGAGGUUUCAGUGCAUUUUAUAGGGUUGCCAAGGAUGUGUCAUCACAAACUUCUUCCCCGGAGGUUGUAAUGCAACCCUCAACAAGAGAACCAUUGCAACAAUGUGGAGGAAACCUGAACACUCCUAGGGGUGUCAUUCAGUCACCUGUGCUUUCUGAAGAUGUUGCGAUGGGAUUGAAAUGCCAGUGGAAUAUCACUACACCUGUUGGGCAAAUCAUCGUAUUGACUUUCACUGAUUUUAUCAUGGACUCUUCCGUUGAAGAUGGCCAAUGUGACGAGAGAUAUUCUCACGUUGAAGUUGAUGGUGGAAGUAGUAACGGUAUCGGUGGGAAAAAAGUAUUUUGUGGAACUGAAAUACCUCCAUUAGUUGUGUCCUCUUCUAAUACACUGACUGUGACAUUGAUCAGUGGCUAUGGAUAUGGAAUGAGAUUCCGUGCAGAGUAUGUUAUGGAGAAAGUUGAGGACCGUGCAGCAAUUCCUGAUUUGUCAACAUCUGAGCCAUUAUGUGGGGGAAGCUUCUAUCAACUCAGUGGCAGGAUUCACUCGCCUAACUUUCCUGAUGACUCUGAGAUUGGAGUCAGCUGCUAUUGGAAUAUCACAGUAGAUAUAGGACAAGUAAUCACCAUCAAUUUUACUGCAUUUGAUUUGGAUUCUGUACCGAUAGAUGAAAGGUGCAAUGAGGAAUAUGAUCACUUGAAAAUACAGGAUGGAUUUGGAGGGAACAGUUACACUUACUGUGGUCAGGAACUACCACCAGUGUUUGUCUCUUCAAGCAAUACAAUUGGCAUCACCUUUGUCAGGAAGUUGGGCUACAGUGGAGGUUUCAGUGCUUUUUAUAGGGCUGCCAAGGAUGUGUCAUCACAAACUUCUUCUCCGGAGGUCCUUAUGCAGCCCUCAACAAGAAAGCCAUUGCAACAAUGUGGAGGGAACCUAAAUACUCCUAGGGGUGUCAUUCAGUCACCUGUGCUUUCUGAAGAUGUUGGGAUGGGAUUGAAAUGCCAGUGGAAUAUCACUGGACCUGUUGGGCAAAUCAUCGUAUUGACUUUCACUGAUUUUAUCAUGGACUCUUCCGUUGAAGUUGGCCAAUGUGACAGGAGAUAUUCUCAUGUUGAAGUUGAUGGUGGCAGAAGUAGUGGUAUUGGUCAGAAACAAGUAUUUUGUGGAACUGAAAUACCUCCAUUACUGGUGUCCUCUUCGAAUACACUUACUGUGACAUUGAUCAGAGGCUAUGGAUAUGGAAUGAGAUUCCGUGCAGAGUAUGUUAUGGAAAAAGUUGAGGACCGUGUGGCAAUGUCUGAUAUGUCGACAUCUGAGCCAUUUUGUGGGGGAAGCUUCCAUCAACCCAGUGGCAGGAUUCACUCGCCUAACUUACCGGAUGACUCUGAGAUUGGUGUCAGCUGCUAUUGGAAUAUCACAGUAGAUAUAGAACAAGUUAUCAUCAUCAAUUUUACUGCAUUUGAUUUGGAUUCUGUACCAAUAGAUGAAAGGUGCAAUGAGGAAUAUGAUCACUUGAAAAUACAGGAUGGAUUUGGAGGGAACAGUUACACUUACUGUGGUCAGGAACUACCACCAGUGUUUGUCUCUUCAAGCAAUACAAUUGGCAUCACCUUUGUCAGUAAGUUGGGCUACAGUGGAGGUUUCAGUGCACUUUAUAGGGUUGCCAAGGAUGUGUCAUCACAAGCUGCUUCCCCAGAGGUCCUUAUGCAACCUUCAACAAGAAAGCCCUUGCAACAAUGUGGAGGGAACCUGAAUACUCCUAGGGGUGUCAUUCAGUCACCUGUGCUUCCUGAAGAUGUUGCGAUGGGAUUGAAAUGCCAGUGGAAUAUCACAGCACCUGUUGGGCAAAUCAUCGUAUUGACUUUUACUGAUUUUAUCAUGGACUCUUCUGUUGAAGAUGGCCAAUGUGACAGGAGAUAUUCUCAUGUUGAAGUUGAUGGUGGCAGUAGUAGUAGUAUUGGUCAGAAACAAGUAUUUUGUGGAACUAAAAUACCUCCAUUAGUUGUGUCCUCUUCUAAUACACUGACUGUGACAUUGAUCAGUGGCUAUGGAUAUGGAAUGAGAUUCCGUGCAGAGUAUGUUAUGGAGAAGGUCGAGGACCGUGCAACAAUUCCGGAUUUGUCAACAUCUGAGUCAUUAUGUGGGGGUAGUUUCCAUCAACCCAGUGGCAGGAUUGACUCCCCUAACUUACCUGAUGACUCUGAGAUUGGUGUCAGCUGCUAUUGGAAUAUCACAGUAGAUGCAGGACAAGUAAUCACCAUCAAUUUUACUGCAUUUGAUUUGGAUUCUGUACCGAUAGCUGAAAGGUGCAAUGAGGAAUAUGAUCAUUUGAAAAUACAGGAUGGAUUUGGAGGGAACAGUUACACUUACUGUGGUCAGGAACUACCACCAGUGUUUGUCUCUUCAAGCAAUACAGUUGGCAUCACCUUUGUCAGGAAGUUGGGCUACAGUGGAGGUUUCAGUUUACUUUAUAGGGUUUCCAGGGAUGUGUCAUCUAAAACGUCUCCUUCGGAAGUCCUCAUGCAACCCUCAACAACAAAGCCAUUGCAACAAUGUGGAGGGAACCUGAAUACUCCUAGGGGUGUCAUUCAGUCACCUCUGCUUUCUGAAGAUGUUGGGGUGGGAUUAAAAUGCCAGUGGAAUAUCACAGCACCUGUUGGGCAAAUCAUCGUAUUGACUUUCACUGAUUUUAUCAUGGACUCUUCCAUUGAAGAUGGCCAAUGUGACAAGAGAUAUUCCCAUGUUGAAGUUGAUGAUGGAAGAAGUACUGGUAUCGGUCGGAAACAAGUAUUUUGUGGAUCUGAAAUACCUCCAUUAGUCAUGUCCUCUUCGAAUACACUGAUUGUGACAUUGGUCAGUGGCUAUGGAUAUGGAAUGAGAUUCCGUGCAGAGUAUGUUAUGCAGAAAGUUGAGGACCGUGCAGCAAUUCCUGAUAUGUCGACAACUGAGCCAUUAUGUGGGGGUAGCUUCCAUCAACCCAGUGGCAGGAUUCACUCACCUAACUUACCGGAUGACUCUGAGAUUGGUGUCAGCUGCUAUUGGAAUAUCGCAGUAGAUGUAGGACAAGUUAUCGUCAUCAAUUUUACUGCAUUUGAUUUGGAUUCUGUACCGAUAGAUGAAGGAUGCAAUGAGGAAUAUGAUCACUUGAAAAUACAGGAUGGAUUGGGAGGGAACAGUUACACUUACUGUGGUCAGGAACUACCACCAGUGUUUGUCUCUUCAAGCAAUACAAUUGGCAUCACCUUUGUCAGUAAGUUGGGCUACAGUGGAGGUUUCAGUGCACUUUAUAGGGCUUCCAAGGGUGUGUCAUCACAAACUUCUUCCCCAGAGGUCCUUUUGCAACCCUCAACAACAAAGCCAUUGCAACAAUGUGGAGGGAACCUGAAUACUCCUAGGGGUGUCAUUCAGUCACCUGUGCUUUCUGAAGAUGUUGCGAUGGGAUUGAAAUGCCAGUGGAAUAUCACAGCACCUGUUGGGCAAAUCAUCGUAUUGACUUUCACUGAUUUUAUUAUGGACUCUUCUGUUGAAGAUGGCCAGUGUGAUGAGAGAUAUUCUCAUGUUAAAGUUGAUGGUGGAAGUACUACUGGUAUCAGUCGGAAACAAGUAUUUUGUGGAACUGAAAUACCUCCAUUAGUGGUGACCUCUUCCAAUACACUAACUGUGACAUUUAUCAUUGCCUACGGAUAUGGGGUUAGAUUCCGUGCAGAGUAUGUUAUGGAGAAAGUUGAAGACCGUGCAGCAAUUCCUGGUAUGUCGACAUCUGAGCCAUUAUGUGGGGGUAGUUUCCAUCAACCCAGUGGCAGGAUUGACUCCCCUAACUUACCUGAUGACUCUGAGAUUGGUGUCAGCUGCUAUUGGAAUAUCGCAGUAGAUGUAGGACAAGUUAUCGUCAUCAAUUUUACUGCAUUUGAUUUGGAUUCUGUACCGAUAAAUGAAAGGUGCAAUGAGGAAUAUGAUCACUUGAAAAUACAGGAUGGAUUGAGAGGGAACAGUUACACUUACUGUGGUCAGGAACUACCACCAGUGUUUGUCUCUUCAAGUAAUACAAUUGGCAUCACCUUUGUCAGGAAGUUGGGCUACAGUGGAGGUUUCAGUGCUUUUUAUAGGGUUUCCAAAGAUGGGUCGUCACUAACCUCUUCCCCUGAGGUUCUUAUGCAACCCUCAACAAGAAAGCCAUUGCGUCAAUGUGGAGGGAACCUGAAUACUCCUAGGGGUGUCAUUCAGUCACCUGUGCUUUCUCAAGAUGUUGCGAUGGGAUUGAAAUGCCAGUGGAAUAUCACAGCACCUGUUGGGCAAAUCAUUGUAUUGACUUUCACUGAUUUUAUCAUGGACUCUUCCGUUGAAGAUGGCUCUUGUGACGAGAGAUAUUCUCAUGUUGAAGUUGAUGGUGGAAGUAGUAUUGGUGUCGGUGGGAAACAAGUAUUUUGUGGAACUGAAAUACCUCCAUUAGUUGUGUCCUCUUCGAAUAGACUUAUUGUGACAUUGAUCAGUGGCUAUGGAUAUGGUAUGAGUUUCCGUGCAGAGUAUGUUAUGGUGAAAGUUGAGGACCGUGCAGCAAUUCCUGAUAUGUCGACAUCUGAGCCAUUAUGUGGGGGUAGUUUCCAUCAACCCAGUGGCAGGAUUGACUCGCCUAACUUUCCUGAUGACUCUGAGUCUAGUGUCAGAUGCUAUUGGAAUAUCACAGUAGAUGUAGGACAAGUCAUUGGCAUUACUUUUACUGCUUUUGAUUUGGAUUCCUUACCGAUCGAUGAGUGGUGCAAUGAGGAAUAUGAUCACUUGAAAAUACAGGAUGGAUUUGGAGGGAACAGUUACACUUACUGUGGUCAAGAACUACCACCAGUGUUUGUCUCUUCAAGCAAUACAAUUGGCAUCACCUUUGUCAGGAAGUUGGGCUACAGUGGAGGUUUCAGUUUACUUUAUAGGGCUUCCAAUGAUGUGUCAUCACAAACCUCUUCCCCAGAGGUUCUUAUGCAACCCUCAACAACAAAGCCAUUGCAACAAUGUGGAGGGAAUCUGAAUACUCCUAGGGGUGUCAUUCAGUCACCUGUGCUUUCUGAAGAUGUUGCGAUGGGAUUGAAAUGCCAGUGGAAUAUCACUGCGCCUGUUGGGCAAAUCAUCGUAUUGACUUUCACUGAUUUUAUCAUGGACUCUUCCAUUGAAGAUGGCCAAUGUGACGAGAGAUAUUCCCACGUUGAAGUUGAUGGUGGAAGUAGUACUGGAAUCGGUGGGAAACAAGUAUUUUGUGGAACUGAAAUACCUCCAUUAGUGGUGUCCUCUUCCAAUACACUGACUGUGACAUUGAUCAGUGGCUACGGAUAUGGAAUGAGAUUCCGUGCAGAGUAUGUUAUGGAGAAAGUUGAGGACCGUGCAGCAAUUCCUGAUAUGUCGACAUCUGAGCCAUUAUGUGGGGGUAGUUUCCAUCAACCCAGUGGCAGCAUUGACUCGCCUAACUUUCCAGAUGACUCUGAGUCUAGUGUAAGAUGCUAUUGGAAUAUCACAGUAGAUGUAGGACAAGUCAUUGUCAUAACUUUUACUGCUUUUGAUUUGGAUUCUUUACCAAUCGAUGAGUGGUGCAAUGAGGAAUAUGAUCACCUAAAAAUACAGGAUGGAUUAGGAGGGAACAGUUACACUUACUGUGGUCAGGAACUACCACCAGUGUUUGUCUCUUCAAGCAAUACAAUUGGCAUUACCUUUGUCAGGAAGUUGGGCUACUUUGGAGGGUUUAGUGCAUUUUAUAGGGUUGCCAAGGAUGUGUCAUCACAAACCUCUUCCCCAGAGGUCCUUAUGCAACCCUCAACAACAAAGCCAUUGCAACAAUGUGGAGGGAACCUGAAUACUCUUAGGGGUGUCAUUCAGUCACCUGUGCUUUCUGGAGAUGUUGCGAAGGGAUUGAAAUGCCAGUGGAAUAUCACAGCACCUGUUGGGCAAAUCAUCAUAUUGACUUUCACUGAUUUUAUCAUGGACUCUUCCGUUGAAGAUGGCCAAUGUGACCAGAGAUAUUCUCAUGUUGAAGUUGAUGGAGGAAGUAGUACUGGUAUUGGUCGGAAACAAGUAUUUUGUGGAACUGAAAUACCUCCAUUAGUCGUGUCCUCUUCCAACACACUGACUGUGACAUUGAUCAGUGGCUAUGGAUAUGGAAUGAGAUUCCGUGCAGAGUAUGUUAUGGUGAAAGUUGAGGACCGUGCAGCAAUUCCUGAUAUGUCGACAUCUGAGCCAUUAUGUGGGGGUAGUUUCCAUCAACCCAGUGGCAGCAUUCACUCGCCUAACUUUCCUGAUGACUCUGAGAUUGGUGUCAGCUGCUAUUGGAAUAUCACAGUAGAUAUAGGAGAAGUAAUCAUCAUCAAUUUUAUUGCAUUUGAUUUGGAUUCUCUACCGAUAGAUGAAAGGUGCAAUGAGGAAUAUGAUCACUUGAAAAUACAGGAUGGAUUGGGAGGGAACAGUUACACUUACUGUGGUCAGGAACUACCACCAGUGUUUGUCUCUUCAAGCAAUACAAUUGGCAUCACCUUUGUCAGGAAGUUGGGCUACAGUGGAGGUUUCAGUGCACUUUAUAGGGUUUCCAAGGGUGUGCCAUCACAAACUUCUUCCCCGGAGGUCCUUAUGCAACCCUCAACAAGAAAGCCAUUGCAACAAUGUGGAGGGAACCAGAAUACUUCUAGCGGUGUCAUUCAGUCACCUGUGCUUUCUGAAGAUGUUGCGAUGGGAUUGAAAUGCCAGUGGAAUAUCACUGCGCCUGUUGGACAAAUCAUCGUAUUGACUUUCACUGAUUUUAUCAUGGACUCUUCCAUUGAAGAUGGCCAAUGUGACGAGAGAUAUUCCCACGUUGAAGUUGAUGGUGGAAGUAGUACUGGAAUCGGUAGGAAACAAGUAUUUUGUGGAACUGAAAUACCUCCAUUAGUGGUGUCCUCUUCCAAUACACUGACUGUGACAUUGAUCAGUGGCUACGGAUAUGGAAUGAGAUUCCGUGCAGAGUAUGUUAUGGUGAAAGUUGAGGACCGUGCAGCAAUUCCUGAUAUGUCCACAUCUGAGCCGUUAUGUGGGGGAAGCUUCCAUCAACCCAGUGGUAGGAUUGACUCACCUAACUUUCCAGAUGACUCUGAGUCUAGUGUCAGAUGCUAUUGGAAUAUCACAGUAGAUGUAGGACAUGUCAUUGUUAUUACUUUUACUGCUUUUGAUUUGGAUUCCUUACCGAUUAAUGAGUGGUGCAAUGAAGAAUAUGAUCACUUGAAAAUACUGGAUGGAUUAAGAGGGAACAGUCACACUUACUGUGGUCAAGAACUACCACCAGUGUUUGUCUCUUCAAGCAACACAAUUGGCAUCACCUUUGUCAGGAAGUUGGGCUACAGUGGAGGGUUUAGUGCACUUUAUAGGGCUUCCAAGGAUGUGUCAUCACAAACCUCUUCCCCAGAGGUCCUUAUGCAACCCUCAACAACAAAGCCAUUGCAACAAUGUGGAGGGAACCUGAAUACUCUUCGGGGUGUAAUUCAGUCACCAGUGCUUCCUGGAGAUGUUGCGAUGGGAUUGAAAUGCCAGUGGAAUAUCACAGCACCUGUUGGGCAAAUCAUCAUAUUGACCUUCACUGAUUUUAUCAUGGACUCUUCCGUUGAAGAUGGCCAAUGUGACCAGAGAUAUUCUCAUGUUGAAGUUGAUGGAGGAAGUAGUACUGGUAUUGGUCAGAAACAAGUAUUUUGUGGAACUGAAAUACCUCCAUUAGUUGUGUCCUCUUCCAAUACACUGACUGUGACAUUGAUCAGUGGCUAUGGAUAUGGAUUGAGAUUCCGUGCAGAGUAUGUUAUGGAGAAAGUUGAGGACCGUGCAGCAAUUCCUGAUAUGUCGACGUCUGAGCCAUUAUGUGGGGGAAGCUUCCAUCAACCUAGUGGCAGGAUUCAGUUGCCUAACAUUCCUGAUGGCUCUGAGUCUGGUGUCAGAUGCUAUUGGAAUAUCACAGUAGAUGUACGACAAGUCAUUGUCAUAACUUUUACUGCUUUUGAUUUGGAUUCUCUACCGAUCGAUGAGUGGUGCAAUGAGGAAUAUGAUCACUUGAAAAUACAGGAUGGAUUAGGAGGGAACAGUUACACUUACUGUGGUCAGGAACUACCACCAGUGUUCGUCUCAUCCAGCAACACAAUAAGCAUCACCUUUGUGAGUAGGUUUGGCUACAGUGGAGGUUUUAGCGCACAGUUUAGUGUUACUGACAAGAACAUAGUAUUUUCAUCUGCUCCACCAAAAGUCCUAAUCCCUCUAUCUACAUCAGAACCAUCAUUUCAGUGUGGAGGAAUCUUAAACAGAUCUCAAGGUGAUAUUCACUCACCUCAGGUUUCGGAUGACUUAAAGACAGUAGCCAAUUGCCAGUGGAACAUCACAGUGGCCGUUGGAAGAAUCAUUGUUCUGAAUUUCAUAGAAUUUGACUUGGAUUCUAUACCAAUCGACAACAGGUGCGAUGAGAGUUAUGCCCAUGUCAAGAUACUAGAUCUGGACAGUAGCUACACCUACUGUGGACAAGAAACACCACCCACAUAUAUAUCCUCCAAAAAUACAAUUUUGGUCCGCUUUGAGAGUGCUUAUGGCUACAGUGGAGGGUUUCGUGCAUAUUACUCAGCUUCCCUACCAGUUGAUAGCAGAGGAUUGACUGAGCAGAGCCAACACACGACACCUCAUCAAUUUCAGCCACCUGAAGCAACUGAACUAACCUACCGUUGCGGAGGGAAUCUGAAUGAGCCUAGUGGUGUGAUUGAGGCACCCGAUUAUGAAAAAGGAUACUUGCCUUCUGUCCACUGCAGGUGGAAUAUAACAGUUGAUGCUGGUUGGGUCAUUGUCCUGAACUUCACAACAUUUGAACUUGAUUCCAUCCCAAUUGAUGGCCAGUGCGAUGAGAGGUAUGCUCACAUCAAAGUGGUUGACACUGAAACCCUCAAAUACAUAUUGUGUGGCUGGGAUAAGCCUCCUGUAAUAGUAUCCGACACAAGAACCCUCAUUAUUGAAUUCUUUAGCAAUUUUGGAAUUGAGCACCGUUUCCUUGCUACAUAUGCUGCUUUAGAACCUGAUGAUGAAUUGCUUCCUCCCAGGGUUAUCACCGCAACUCCUUUAGAGUCAACCACAGAACAACGUGCAUUUCCUUGCGGCGGUCUCCUGAGUGCGCCAACUGGAGAAAUACAUUCACCAGACAUUACAAAACAACCGCUGGAAAAGAGUGUUAGGUGCGAGUGGAAAAUCACAGUGCUUGAUCAGCUGAUUAUUGUCCUAACAUUUACUGACUUUGAUUUGGAUUCCUUUCCUGUGAAUGGUAAUCUUUGUGAUGCAAGGUAUGACUAUGUUAGUAUAACCGAUGGUGAACCAGGGGGUCCAGCUCAACUAUUUUGUGGUCGGAGUGUCCCGGAUGUCUUUGUGUCAUCCACGAACACACUGAUCAUUGCAUUCGUUACCCACUUUGGCUAUGGAAGAGGGUUCAGUGCUUAUUACACUAGUGUGAAGCCUGAGAAUAGAUUCAUUGCGACAAUGUCACAUCCAACAGUGGGAAGUGCAUUAGCAGGAACAGCGUCCACACCUUUGCAGCCUGCACUCCCGUAUGAAUGCGGUGGGAAUCUCAACAAGCCUAACGGAGUAAUACAGUCACCAAACGUUCCUGAGGACUAUGUGUCCAGGGUAACCUGCACAUGGAAUAUCACUGUUGGACCUCAGUCGACCAUAGCGCUAUCUUUCUUAACAUUUGAGCUUGAUUCUGUUGCAGUGGAUGAUCAGUGCGACUUGAGGUAUACUCAUAUGAGUGUAACGGAUGGCAGAAGUGAAUCUGUUGGUGUAAAACAUGUAUACUGUGGUCAAGACCUCCCUGACGUCUUGUAUUCAUCCUCCAAUACAAUGAUUGUGGAAUUUGUGAGUUACUAUGGGCUUGGUGGAGAGUUCUACAUAAGUUAUGCAUCUUCCAAAGCUGAGACAUCUGACUAUAGAUUAUUACCUGCAUCCACCAGUCCAUCUGAGAAACAAGAUUCUGGACCGUCGGUGGUAACUGAUAAGUCCAGCUACGUAUGUGGUGGAAAUCUUGACUCGCCCAGUGGCGUGAUUCAGUUUCCGGACAUUUUCCCUGCAGUGCAAGGCCAGGCUAUAACCUGUCGUUGGACAAUAAGAGCCCAAGUUGGCUGGGUGAUUUCCCUGAGUUUCACGUUCUUUAAUCUGGAUUCUGUAUUAGUUGAUAAUCAGUGUGAUGAGCAGUAUGCCUAUGUCAAGGUUAUCGAUGGUGAAGAUGCCAGGUUUCUCUUUCAAGUGUUUUGCGGUCAGGAUCUACCACCCAACUUUGUCACUUCUACUAAUGUGCUUGUGAUCAUUUUUAAUGACUUGCAAGGUUACAGUGAAGGUUUUCAUGCACAGUACAGCACUUUACCAUUGACGACCAGAACUCUUCCAGUUUUACCAUCACUGCCUCGUCUGUUGACACCAGCGACACCCAAGGACACAUAUCCAACUGUGUGCAGUAGUAUUUUCAAGGAGGCCAGUGGGAUGUUUUCAUCGCCACAGUACCCAAACAUGUACCCUGCAAAUAUGUUUUGUUCUUGGAUCAUUACGACAUCUGUCAACACUCGCUUUGUUGCCCUGAAGUUUCUGGACUUUGAUGUUGACAACCCCAUGUUGGAUCAGGAGUGCUCUUCCCAGUACUCCUACGUAAGAGUCAGCUACCAUAGUGUGGGUGGCAUUGAGGGAACACAACUUCUCUGUGGCAACCAUCAACCAGAAGUCAUUGCUCCCAGAUCUCAUCAACUCACAGUGGACUUCUUCAGCAAUUUGGGAAUUGGACGUGGGUUUCAAGCUGCCUACCAAAUGUACAAUCCAUCUGAAGAUGUCUCGCAGAUGGAUUGGUCAUAUUUCCUCAAAGGACAUGAUGACAUUUUGACAACGCCUCAGUCUCUGUUGUCAACUAAAACAUAUGGGGCAUAUACUGAAAUGACAGCGCCAACUGGAAUAAUCACUUCACCUAAUUACCCAGCACAGUUUCCCCAGGACUCCUACUCUGCAUGGAUCGUCAGAACCAGCCAGGGAAAAUUCAUUUCUCUAGCUUUUGAAGACGUUGACUUUGAUGUCCAGACAGAGGAUGAUGGCCAUUGCAAUAAGCUGUACACACAUCUGGACCUUACCAUUUACAGUUCUGAAGAUGGAGCAUCGAAUAUUAUCAUUUGUCAAAAUGCGGCACAUGAAGAUGUACUUUCACUUGGUGAGCUUAAGUUAGAGUUCCGUAGUUCCUAUGGUGAAGGGCGAGGAUUCAAAGCAAGGUACUCAUCUGGGAUUCGAAUCGGUGAUGUAGGAGGGGAAUUUGUAUCCACAACAACUCCAGUUCCAAGUCUAAGUGCCACAAAUGGAAGAGCUGACUUGAAGACAGUGGAAGGAAGUAGUGGAUUAGUAGAAAGUACCAUCCCAGUGGUGACAGGUGGCCCAUAUGAAAGCUCCUGUGAUAAGUUGCUCAGCGAGCCGGAGGGAAUCAUUAGCUCCCCUAACUUUCCUCUGAGCAUGCCCCAGGACAAAGAGUGCUCUUGGGUCAUACAAAUUCCAGGUAGUCAUGGAAUCCAUCUGGAGUUCCUAGACUUUGCUUUGGAUGAGGAGGUUGAGACACAUCAAGCCACUUGUCGACAAGAAUCAGCAUCUGUUAGCAUAGCCAUAGAUGGUAUGUUGCAUGAGUUCUGUGGAAAUGCCAUCCCUACCUCCAUGACCUCCUCAGAUAAUAUGGUUAUAUUAGUUUUCAAGUCUAACUCUGGGAAAGGUGCUGGCUUUAGAAUGCAUUACCUAGAUGUCAGCCUUAUGUCAACGCCUUCUGAAGCUCCCCAUGCAGUAGAAGGGCUCACAGAACCCAGCACCCUCAUAAGUACACCAGAGGUUGAAUCCACGGUCCCAGCAGAUGCACAGACCGCUUUAUCACCUGCCCAUACUACAUCUCACAUCGACGUCCGAUUCAUUGGGGAUGAUUUCACAGACUCUCCUGACGAUGGGAGAGACUUGACACGACCCGGUAGGGACCGUGUAAAUGUACCAGUUUCACCUCCCCGUGAGCCAGGCGCCAUUACAGCAUCUCCAGCUCCAGGUACAGAUUUGGAUGAUGAUGUGGCGGCAACAACAGAGUAUGUGAGCGAGAAGGUGAGCUUCAUCUUACCUGAAUACACGGACCAACCAAAGGCAACGGGCAUGGCAAGCACGGAUUCAGGAGCAGUUGAUAUAAUCACAAAUCGUCGACUCCGCAUAGCCACCUAUGUCUGCAUCAGCGUGGCAGUCAUCCUCUUCAUGAUCCUCAUCAUCAUGACUGGCGUCUGCAUCUACAAGAGGCGGCGCCGUCACAUCUCCAAGUCCAUUGCCUUGGGCCAGACGGAGAAGAGCUACUGGCAGAACUACAAGUCCUGGGCUGUGGAUUACUCAGGCGGGCCUGGCAGGUCCUCCAGGGCAGCGACCGCUAGAGGUGCUGAUAAUGAAGAGGAGGAGGCUGAGGAUAUGCUCAAACAAGAGCGGCUGGUGUGAUGGUUUCCUCUCUGGAUCCAAUUCUAGAAUUAUGGAAAUAUUCUAGGAAUAGACCGAUCCGUUAAGCCCCACCCACUUCAUAUGUGGGCAACACAUGUGCCUCUCCAAUACAACACUGCUUGUUCAAACUUCAUGUUU